AUGUCUGAGGCUGAAGUGCAGGUUCCCGCUGACGUCUUCGCCGAGGCGGCCGGCGACGCCGAGUUGGUAGCCUUCGUUCAAGACGUGCAGGCCGCUGCCGUAGAUUCCAAUAAGCCGUACGCAUUGCGGGUAAUGGGCAACGGCAGGCUCCUGCAGUGGACUCUGGGGCCCUACAGAGGCGUUGCCAACGCCUCUAAGAGGGGUGCUGGAAACUUCCGCGGCGAGGGGACGGGUGGCACGUCCACGGCCAAGACUGGUCGAUUCGCUUUGGACCUUGCACCCAACAGGGCGCACCUUGUUUUGAAGGACAACAGAGGCGUGCUUGUGUUGGACUAUACUGGCGCGGGUUUGGAGAGGGGAUUGGAUGGCAAUUACGAGGGACCGUGGGCUUACUUUGGGUGA